AUGGUGGUGGAGCAAUUGAAAAAUAAUAUUGUUCUGAUAUCGUCUAAUAUCGGAACUCAUAUUAAAGAUGGGUAUAAGUACACUGAAUCAGAAUUCAAAAAUAUAUCUUACAACAUUAAAGACACCGUUACAUUCCACACCAGAGAUUACAAUAAAGAUGACGAGCUUAUUGAAAUAUACUACCACGAUAUCAAACAAUCUAUUUCCGGUUUGAAGUACAUCACAUCGCAAAAUCACCAUUUGUGCAAGAGUUUCCUACCACAUGUGCUCAGUCUGAAUAUUAAAAUUAUUAAAGGAUUUAUCAACUUGAUUGGCCAAGACUCUUUGCGUUUUGAUAAAAUCAAUGAGUAUUACCAAGAAUUUGAUUUAUGGCAAGCAACACAAGAGAUCCCCCAUGUACAUCCAAAGGAAAUGCAAUUUUUGAAUGAAUCAAUAAAUGAAGAAUUGAGCAACUAUUUGGUCACGGUGGAGAAUCUAAAAUUUGAUUUGGAAAACAACUGGGAAGCAUAUGAUGAAUCUCUCAAAUACAGAAUCGAUGAAAUGAAGAAAUAUUUGAAAAAAGCCUUGAAAUUGAUUAAAAAGCGUAAUAUGAAAAGAACAGAACAGGAUCAUUUACAUCGCAAAAUUGAGAAAUUGAACCAGAAAGCGAUUCCAUUAGAUGAGAAAGAUAAUGCCAAACUCGAGAAAUUAGAAACUACAUAUCAAACAGUUGAUGCUGCAUUUAACAGUUUGAAUAAAAGAUGUGUUGAAUUAUUGCCUAACAUAGUUUCAUUUCUUGAUGAGUUUGUUGAAAAUAUAACUAAAAUGAUAUUGUGUCAACAAUUGGAGACAUAUAAAAAGCUAACUGAUACUUUCCAAUAUUUUACAGAGUUUUAUGGAUUGAUUGCAGAGAUUGAACCGCAAUCGUACACGGAAAUAAUAGACGAUUGGGAACUGAACAGUACUGCGACAAGGUUGCAGAUAGAAUCUCUUCUUACAAUUGUGCACGACAAACAACCGGAGUUACUUGAUAAGGAGAUUAAUGAUGAAGAUUCGCUGCUGAACUAUUACAAAUUUUGGCGUAAUAUGAGUAAUAAAUUUGUUGAAAAGAAACACGUCGUGAGUACAAAAGAUAAGGUAAAUGGAAUAUUCAAUGAUUCACUAGAAAUAGAUCCCUUGGUGGCAUACAAACAAUACCAAGAUCCAUCCAUGAACCUAUCUGAAACGUAUCAUCCACGGAAAUUAAUCGAUGAGGAAGAUAUAAAGGUGCCUGUGGUACCGAAGAAAGAUGGCCCUGAAUUACCUCCAAGAUCUAACACAGCUAUUAUGAGGCAUUCGGUACUUGUCUCACCAAUGUCCUCUGCAGGCGCCUCACGUUUAUAUUCUAUUUCUACAGACUCUAUGGACUCCAUCCUGUUAUCGGAUUUUGAGGAUGAGACUGCAACGGUGAUGUCAGAAGCUUCGUCAAUUAGCUCUAUGUCAACAGGGACUGCUUCCUACUCGAACCAAGAUUCAUCUGAUACUAAAUUAAGAAGAAUAUACAACAGCAGUAAAAAUGAUAUUAAAGAAAGUCCAAUCACAAACAGACCAGUUCAAUAUGACACUUUCACGUUUGAAAAGCCCAUGAGUUUGACAUACAAGUUGAAUUUGAUACAACAUUUUUUCGAAAAAUUGGACAUUCACACCGAUAAUAAAGUUUUGAAAACUGCAAAAUAUGAUUUCAAUGGCAGUGAACCUGGCGAUUUGUCAUUUAAACAGGGCGAUAGUAUUGAGAUUCUAUUAGAUUUCCAGAAUAUUGAUACAUUGUAUCAUUCAGACGAGCUAAAUUGGUUGAUCGGAGUCUCCAGAGUAGAUGAUGAUAACUACAGAAUUGGAUUUGUACCUAAUAACUAUGUUGAGUAA